UCUGCUUCCAUUCUUCUGUUGAACUCUUCCUCUCUGAUGUGUUCUGCUUCCAUUCUUCUUUUGAACUCUUCCUCUCUGAUGAGUUCUGCUUCCAUCAGCUGGUUGACACUGGAUAGGAUUCUUACCUCAAACGCCAAUUCUGCUUGGUGAGAAGGGUUGUUCUCUGAUAUGUCGGGAGGAGGCACUUCGGUCAGGCUUGGAUACUGCUUUGGAGUUUGGAUAACUGGAGCCUCUUCUGUUAUUUCUGCUGUGUCUUCAUUUACUGGCAGAUCUGCUGCUUCUACCAAAUCUUUGUUCAUAGCGCUUUUUCCAGGUCCAUACCACGAGGGUCGUCCAGCUUUGAUCCAUGCCUCUUGCUGUUCUGCUAAUAUUGGAGAGGACUUGCUACAUUCACUCUCCAGGGAUGACAUCAAAGACCUGUUUCCUGGUCCUGCAAAUUUCUUGAGGCGCCGGGCUAUCUGGCUUGUUGUGAAUGACGAAGGAAAGGUGGAGACUACUGCCGAAAUUCUACAACCAUCACCCCCUAGAAACAGUGACCUUUCAAAUGAGGAGCCCAAUACUUCGAUGUUUGUGACUAUGUCCAACCCAAAAUGCAUAGUCUUCACAGACAGUGAGCUCGAACUGGCACGGCACUCAUACUUCGAGCAGAAACGGCUCGGUAAUGAGCAUGUACCCUUAUCCAAGGAGCUCUUCUGCAGACUCAUAAGAAACACAAUGACAAACAUGAUUUCAAUCGCAAGAGCCUCCGAGGACUGUAGAUACCCCAGCAAACAUGAGGUCAAUACCAUGGCAAAGAGAUUGGUGGAGUAUUAUCCAAUGAUAAAAAACUAGGGAUGCUCUGAUCGCCAAUUUUGGGGCCGAUCGCCGGAAUCAGUAUCGGCCGAUACCGAUCGCCGA